AUGAGUGGAGGAAGGUUUGAUUUUGAUGAUGGAGGAGCAUAUUGUGGGGGCUGGGAAGGGGGGAAAGCCCAUGGCCAUGGCAUCUGCACUGGUCCCAAGGGCCAAGGGGAGUACUCGGGUUCGUGGAACUAUGGUUUUGAAGUGGUGGGCAUAUACACGUGGCCCAGUGGCAACACCUAUGAAGGCUACUGGUCGCAAGGCAAGAGGCACGGUUUGGGGAUCGAGACUAAAGGACGGUGGCUUUACAAAGGCGAAUGGACCCAUGGCUUUAAGGGACGCUAUGGGACAAGGCAGAGCAUGAGCAGUGGAGCAAAGUACGAAGGCACGUGGAAUAACGGGCUGCAGGACGGUUAUGGCACUGAGACUUACGCAGAUGGAGGAACGUACCAGGGCCAGUUCACCAAUGGCAUGCGCCACGGAUACGGCGUCCGUCAGAGCGUCCCAUAUGGCAUGGCGUCUGUGGUCCGCUCCCCUCUCCGAACCUCUCUGUCUUCCCUCCGUAGCGAGCACAGCAACGGCACCUUGCCACAGCAGGACUCGCCGGCGGGCAGCCCAGAAAGCAUCCUCAUGUCACCCACUAUCACUCGGGGAGGCUUUGCCCUCAGUCUGUAUGCGGAUGCUGGAGCCAGCAAGCCGAAGAAAGGGGGCCUCUUCAGACGGGGCUCUCUGCUGGGGAGGCUAAAGAAAUCGGAGUCCAAAACCUCCCUGGCCAGCCAGAAGAGCCGAGUCAGCUUCCUCAAGAGCGAGAGCGGCAUCAGCUCCGCUGCCAGCGAUGCCACCUCCACCAUCAGCUUGGGCGAAGGGGCGGAAGGGGAGGAGUUCCCGCCCUUCGAGUCUGACAUCGAUGCCACCACCACGGAGUCCUACAUGGGCGAGUGGAAGAACGACAAGCGCUCGGGCUUCGGGGUGAGCGAGAGGUCGAGCGGCCUGAAGUACGAGGGCGAGUGGCUGGACAACGUGCGGCACGGCUACGGCUGCACCACCCUGCCAGAUGGCAAGAAGGAGGAAGGCAAAUACCGGCAGAAUGUCCUGAUCAAAGGUAUGAAGAAGCGGGUGAUACCACUGAAGAGCUCCAAGAUCAGGCAGAAGGUGGACAGGAGCAUGGAAGGGGCUCAGAGGGCCGCAGCUAUCGCCCGGCAGAAGGCUGAGAUUGCAGUAUCCAGGACCUCCCAUGCCAAAGCCAAGGCAGAUGGAGCUGAGCAAGCAGCUCAGGCAGCUAACAGUGAAUCGAGCGUAGCCAGGACUAUGGCCAGGGAACUAUCUCCAGACUUCUAUCAGCCAGGCCCUGAGUACCAGAAGAGGAAGCUGCUCCAGGAGAUCAUUGAGAAUGUCGAGAAUGUGGCGAACAUGGAAGCAGUACUGCCACCAACCAAAUCACCACCACCGUCAACCCCUCCAGAAAACCCUCAGCUCCACGAGAAAGACUCUGACAACCGCAAGGAAAAUCCAGCCCGAAUGCCAUCUCCGAGUCCUGCUGGAACGCCGCCGGAGGCAAAGCGGGCAAAGCAGAGUUCACAGAGGGAUGGCUUCCUCAGCCCCGGCAACUGGAAUGGGGAUCACAGCAGAGACGGGAGCCUCACAGGAAGUAGGCCCAGCACACCAUCCAAUGCACUGUUGGCACAUGGGGAGAAGGCAGCAGCCAGUAGCAGACCUGCCUCACAGAACUCCAUUCGGCUCAGCAGUACCAGGACUUCAGCAGACCAGAUGGAGAUCAAGCCCCUUCAGAGGAUAGUGCAAGAACCUGAUGUCGAAUUAUACCAAGGCUAUCACAGCUAUGCAGUGAGGACCUCCCCAGUCACUCCCCCCUUGGACUUUGAGGAAGAACCAUUCCCUGUCCCCAAAUCACCUACCAAGUCGGUCUCCCCAGAGCCAAGAACUGACGUGAGGGCUACUGAACACAAAGCAGAACUUCAGAGGAGGGGAGGUACACCCAUCACUCAGCAGGAACCACCACCUGAAGAGAAACCAGUGCCCAAAGCAGAAUCUAAACCAGAGCAGUCCGGGCCAGAGCCCAAACAUAAACAAGAGCUGAAGCAAAACCAUGUAGCCGAGCACAAGGCUGCCGUGAAAACAGAAGCUGCAACUGAAGCCAAGCCUGAGCAAAAGACUGAGACCAAGGCUCUGGCUAAACCUGAACCUACAGUGGUAGCUAAGAAGGAACCUUCCCCUGAAGCAGUGACACAGGAAGUGGAUGAAUUUGAAGAGGGACCUAACACAAUCAUGAUCUGCAUGGUCAUCUUAUUGAAUAUUGGUCUGGCCAUCUUAUUUGUACAUUUUCUGACAUGA